AUGUAUCGCGACUUCAGCUCCCAGAAAAGCGGUAGUAGAGGAAGCAACAACAAUUUCGGACAAAGGUCCCAGUUUACGAAAACCACGUCUGGUCUUAAUUGGAGAGGGAGCCACCGGUGGGACAAGAGUGCUCAGGGAGGCCUGCCUGUCGCAGACGAGGCCCCGAUCGGGCCCCUUGUUACUGAGAUGAAAGUGGAAGACCUCAAACUUCCUCCAGUUUCAGCUUCUGGUGCAAAGAUAACUGAUGUCGAAGUUGUGGCUUCAUACUCUCUGGUUGGACCAAAGUCCCCAACAAUCAUUGUGCCAGGUAAUCUACACCGGUGCCCUCUAUACGCGUUCAUUGCAUUGACCUAUAAUCCAGGAGAACCAGCUCUAUGGACCCCACCAGCGCUCCCGGUCCAGCUCAAACAAGAUCAAGGAGAGUUUUUACGUGACAUGAAUGGGGCAUACUUUCCUGACUUCCCCAUGUUACCCACGGUGCAGUCAGUAUUCGCCUUGAAUAAAUCGUUCGAGCCUUCUAGUGUGAACGUCGUAGGAUGUGCGAGUUCUCUGGGAAACCUUCUCCGUGCCGCUCGCUCGGCAGAAGCUUCGUUUCGCUUCGACGUUGAGCUCGUCGGGGAUACGCUCUUCAUCGUUAGAAAUGCCAAGGACGAGAAAAUUCCAGACGUUCGAGGUUACGGUCAUUCGUUUCUUGAGAACUUUACAACUUACGCAGACGUAUUCAACAAGACUAAGUCCCACCAGCGUAUCAUCAAGUAUCACUUCGCUGGGCUCGACUAUCUUGUGAGGUUUGAGUCUGACGGCUGUGAGAGCAGGAAUGAUGAGAAAGCACUUUCCCAAGACCAGAGGGCAGCCAUGCUUGGGCCGGCCGUAAAAGGUGCAGUUAAGAUGGACAUUAAUGGUACCAUCAUUCCUCAAGAGUCGGUUCUCGAGGUCAAGACGCGUUCUCGGCUAAGAGGCAGUAUUGAUCUCUCAGAGCAUCUUCCACGACUUUGGGUACGUCAGAUACGCAAACUAGUCACCGGUUACCACGAGCGUGGCGUCUUUGCAGAUGUCCAGAAGAUCGACGUAGGUGAAAGAGUCCAAGAUUGGGAGAAGGGGAGCCAAGCAGAGCUGCGAAAGUUUGCCGCAAUCGUGAACUGGUUGGUGGAAGAGGUCAAGAGGGCUAAGCAUGCGAGUCUUGAGGUCUAUCGUCGUGAUACUGGUCCUUUGCAGCUGCGGGAGCAUGUGGGAAAGCAACGACGAGCUCUACCGGAUCAAUGGUGUGAUAAUUGGGCAGGUUUAUCCCUGCAUCAAUCCAGUGGCGAAGAGUCAAGCGACUCAGAAAACGAUCAAGGAUACCCUACAGUGCGUAAUUUAAAGGCACCUGGGGAUUCGAGUGAUGAGGCUGAUGCAGGCGUUGACUAUACGGCGUGCGAUCUUGACUGUGGAUACUGUGGCCUCUGUGCCUAA